GCAGGUCACGGUGCAGAUGUGAAGUGUGUGGACUGGCACCCCACCAAAGGUCUGGUGGUUUCGGGCAGUAAGGACAGUCAGCAGCCGAUCAAGUUCUGGGACCCGAAGACGGGACAGAGUCUGGCCACACUUCACGCCCAUAAGAACACGGUGAUGGAGGUGAAGUGGAACCUGAACGGAAACUGGCUGCUGACGGCGUCACGUGACCACCUGUGCAAACUGUUCGACAUCAGGAACCUGAAGGAGGAGCUGCAGGUGUUCAGAGGACACAAGAAGGAGGCCACAGCCGUGGCGUGGCAUCCCGUCCACGAGGGUCUGUUCGCCAGCGGCGGCUCUGACGGCUCUCUGCUCUUCUGGCACACGGGGGUGGAGAAGGAGGUUGGAGGGAUGGAGAUGGCUCAUGAGGGGAUGAUCUGGAGUCUGGCCUGGCACCCGCUGGGUCACAUCCUCUGCUCCGGCUCCAACGACCACACCAGUAAGUUCUGGACGAGGAACCGACCGGGUGACAAGAUGAGAGACCGUUACAACCUGAACCUGCUGCCGGGGAUGUCAGAGGACGGCAUGGAGUACGACGACGUGGACCUGAACAGCGUGGCCUCCAUCCCCGGUAUGGGCAUCCCCGAGCAGCUGAAGGCCGCCAUGGAGCAGGAGCAGAGCAGUAAAGAGGCGGCUCCUGAGGUGGAGAUGUCCAUCCCGGGUCUGGACUGGGGCAUGGACGAGGUCAUGGGGAAAGACACCAAGAAGGUCCCGCAGAAGAAAGUCCCGUACGCCAAACCGAUCCCGGCACAGUUCCAACAGGCGUGGGCGGAGAACAAAGUUCCCAUGAUGCCUCCUGGUGGAGACCUGUCUAAGGACCGAAAGGUGGAGCAGAAAGCGGACGGGAAGAAGAAAACUCAGGCGGAGAUCGAGCAGGAGAUGGCGGCUCUGCAGUACACCAACCCGCUGCUGCUGGAGCAAAUGAAGAUGGACCGGAUGAACAUGAACACAGAUGGGAACUUGGGGCCCCCACAGGGACAGGGCCAGAUGCCCCCCUUCCCUGGUGGUCCUGGGGGUCCUGGGGGCCCGAUGCCUCCUGGCCAGCAGGGCUUUCCUCCAAACAUGCCUCCUCAGCAGAUGUCCAACAACAUGGGGCCCCCAAUGGGCCCUGGAGGCAUACAGCCUCCUUUCAUGGCCUCUGGACAGAUGGGGCCCCCCUCUGGACCUCAGACUCACCAGGCCCCCCCCCAGGGCAUGAUGGGACCACCAGACAUGCAAGGACCCCAAGGUAUGCAGAGACACCCUGGCCCGCCCAGGAGCAUGGGCCCCCAAGGGCCUCAUGGUAUGGGACCCAGAGGGAUGCAGGGACCCCCUGGUGGAAUGAUGGGCCCCCCUCCUAGAGGAAUGGGUCCAAGGGACCCUCAGGGGCCUCCACCUCAGGGUGGCAUGAUGCCUCCUCAGGGUGGGAUGAUGGGGCCCCCGCCCAGGACACAUGGCAACAUGCAAAACAAUUAUGGGAUGGGCACCAUGCAGGGGCCCCCGGGCGGGAUGCAUGGGCCUCCAGGAAAUAUGCAGGGCCCUCCAGGUAACAUGCAAGGGCCCCAUGGAAACAUGCAAGGACCCCAUGGAAACAUGCAGGGGCCCCCAUACAUGCAGCACCAGGGUCAGAACUCGGGGUCCAUGAUGCAUGGGAUGGGGCCUCAGGGGCCCAGCAGCAAAGACCAUCGGGGGCCGCCUCCCAACCACCACAUGGGCCCCCCAGACCGGCAGGGCCCCGGAGGACCCGACCAGGGCUCGAGCUCUUAUUGGGGGGACAGCCAGCAGGGCAGACGGGGACCGCAGGACUAUGACGGAGGACAGGACUACCACAGCAGAGAGGAGGGCUGGAGACCAGGACCUGGACCAGGCUACCAGGGCGGAGGAGGGGGGGGGCACCGUGGGGCAGGACACAGAGGAGCGGGAGGAAACGGAGGGAGCUGGGGCCCCGAAGACCGGUUCACCGGAGGAGAGUUCAGGGGACGCAGAGACGACAGGUGAGACACUUUUCUCUGAUUCUCUGAGACCUGCAGACCUGAACCAGUCUGAACUAGACCAGAACCAGUCUGAACUAGACUGAAUUGCUCUAAUUAGAGCCCGACCAGUAUGGUAUUUUUGAGCCUGAUGCCCAUUUUUUAGUGUAAAAAUUGACAGAUUACUGAUUUGGCGACCGAUAU